UUAGCCAAUCAAAUAUUCUCCUGACUGCGCUCCCCCCUCUUAAGAGGUGGUGGGAGGGGCAGGUGCCCAGAGCAGCCCUGGGCAGCCGCCAGCCCGCACCUGACACUGGCCUGUCCCGGGUUUGUCCCGCGACGCGUUCCCUCGCACGGGUGCGUUGGGGGCCGUCCCCGUGCCUGCUACCGACAUGGUUAUCAAAGUCUUUGUGGCCACUUCUUCCGGGUCCAUAGCGAUCAGGAAGAAGCAGCAGGAGGUGGUGGGCUUCCUGGAAGCGAAUAAAAUCGACUUUAAAGAACUGGAUAUCGCUGGAGAUGAGGACAACAGGAAGUGGAUGAGGGAGAAUGUGCCUGGAGAGAAGAAACCCCAGAAUGGGAUCCCGUUACCCCCCCAGAUCUUCAAUGAAGAGCAGUACUGCGGGGAUUUUGAUUCUUUCUUCUCUGCAAAAGAAGAGAAUAUUAUCUACUCCUUCCUGGGUUUGGCUCCCCCUCCAGGCUCAAAGGUGACAAAAGCUCCAGAGGAGGCCUCGUCGCUUUCCAACGGAGACGUGGUGGGAGAGGCGGAGAACCCCACAGAGGGGACAGAGAAAACCCAAGAGAGUGGAGAGAACGAGCCCCAGGAAGACGACAGCGAAGCCGCCGAGAGGAACGAGGAAGCGGGAGAGAGCGCCACGAAGGAGAGGCCAGAUGAGACAGCGGAGGAGGAGGGAGCUGACGAGGAAGCAGAGGCGGAAGGGGCAGAGGAAGGAGGCGAGGAGGAGGGCGAGGAAGACUCUUAGGCCUGAGCCUGCGUUUCUUCACCUUUUCCAGAACACCCAAGCCGCGAAGCAGCAUUUCAGAAGCCUCCCCACAAAGCAACCUCGGCGAAAUCCUUGGGCUCUCCUGGCUCAGUAUCCUGGGGUCCACUGAGGCCGCACACCCAGCAACGCCUAGCCGCUCCGGGAUCUGCCCACUUCUUCCUGUCAAUAUGAAACUCAAUGUGGCUUCAUGCACCUGUCAUCUUAAUAUCAUUACUUAAUUAGACUUUUUUUUCCCCUGCAUGAUUUGAUUUUCUUGUUCAGUCCCUGGACAAGGCUCCCCUGGUCCAGCAGAAGAGCAUCUGUCCUUGCCCGGUGUCACAAUUAGCGUGGGGGGCCUGAGCUGCUUUCCUGAGACAGACGCUGAAAUAAAGAUGAAUGGUGACUCGUC